ACGACGGCGAGAGAGCGGUUUCCAUCAGGUUUAAGCCCACCUUCCGGGCCGGUUUCCUCUGCCUUCUUCGUUGUUUCAUUAAAUGAAGAAGCCAAGUUUUUCUACUUUUCUUUGCAUUGAUGGCUCUCUCGUAGUUUAGCUUCAUCCUCAAAUUGGGAUCAGCCUGUUCAGCUCUGCCUCUGUACAGGUCAAACACCUGAAACCAGGUUGGUCCUUUAUGUAUUUUGCGAUUUUGGGUGUAUCAGUUCAUUGAACUUGUAAUCUUCUGGUUUCCCUUGAAUUAUUAGUGUUUUCAGGUUUUUUAGCUUUAUUGCUUUCUGGGUUUGCUUGCUUUGUGGAUCUGGUGAACUGAGUAGCAAAAGAAUUCUUUCCACUUUCGAGCGUAUGGGCUUGCAUGAUUUUCGCAAUCUGAACCCUGGAGUUUGACUUUACUCGUAGUGGAUUUUGACUUAAGCGCUUCUACCAGCAGGGUCCUUCACGGGUUAAUUGGGUAUCGAGAAUUCUGGUUGAAUUUUGGGAAGUUACUUUCAUUGUCGUCCCAGUGAUAUCCCACGUUUUGUUUGGCGGGAAUUCCGGUAAAUACAGAGAUGGUUCGUGUCAUAUUUAAGUGCUAAAAAAUGGAUUUUGGGGGGUUUAGUUCGUUGAAAAUGGCUUUGCUUGGAUUUAGUCUGUUGAUGUUAGUACAGUUGCUGGGUAGCUUUGUCUAUUGCUCAGUGACUGAGUUAAAGGAUUGUAGAGGUGACCGACUCGCCUAUUCGGUGUCUCCAGAGCAAGAAUUCUUUUAUAUAAAUGGGAAUAAGGUGGACAUAGUUAGUUUCUGCGAUUCUCUUGUAUUCCACCAUGCAAUUGGAUGUUUCCUUCACUCGGGUGUGGAAGAAUGGCGAGGACUUGGAAGGAAAUACUGUGGUUUAGAACUGGACAAAGAAACUAUCCUUCAAAGGGCAGGGAGAAAAAAUGGGCGUGAAUUGGAAAUGAAUGAAGACGCUUUACGCAAGCUUGAUGAAAAGAUUCAUCAAAGAAAUGACAACCCUGAUCAUAGACCAUGGUUAUCCCCAAAGACAUUGGCCAUGGCGGUACCGGGAAUGUUCCUACUUUGUUGCAUUAUACUUUGUCCCUGUUUCCGUUCAAGAAGGAAAGAAUCUGAACAAGCUGCUCUUGCCAAUGACUCGAGUUCAAAGCAUUCAGUUUCAAUGGAAGUACUUUCUUCUUCUAAUAAGAUUCCACCCAGUCCACUUCGAGUGCCACCUAGUCCUCUCUACUCAACACCAUCACCAAGAUUUAGUAGAGUUGGAUCUGUACAUCUCAAUAUGAGUCAGGUUAUCAAAGCUACCAACAAUUUCUCACGUUCACAACAGAUAGGUGAAGGAGGUUUUGGAUCCGUCUAUCGAGCCCAAUUGCCAGGUGGCCAGGUUGUUGCCAUCAAGCGAGCAAGAAGGGAACAACGUGAGAAUCUACGGUCUGAAUUCAGCAGCGAAGUUGAACUACUAGCCAAAAUUGAACAUAGGAAUCUAGUGAGACUACUUGGUUAUGUUGAUAAAGGAAAUGAAUACAUUAUCAUUACAGAGUAUGUUCCAAACGGUACUCUUAGGGAGCAUCUGGAUGGUCAGCGUGGAAAAAUCUUGGACUUCAAUCAGCGGCUGGAAAUUUGCAUUGAUGUUGCUCAUGCCCUGACAUACCUCCAUCUAUAUGCAGAGAAGCAAAUAAUCCACCGAGAUGUAAAAUCCUCCAACAUUCUGCUUACUGAGAGCUACAGAGCCAAAGUGACUGAUUUUGGCUUUGCAAGAGUUGGUCCAAAUGAAGAUGAUCAGACACAUAUAUCAACCAAAGUGAAGGGAACUGCAGGUUACCUUGAUCCUGAAUACCUGAAGACGUACCAACUCACCCCCAAGAGCGAUGUGUACUCGUUUGGGGUUUUGCUUGUAGAAGUUCUUACUGGCCGUCGCCCAGUGGAGAUGAAGAGAGCUCCAAAGGAAAGGAUCACAAUCAGAUGGGCCUUCCAAAAGUUUACUGAGGGAGAUUUGGCAGCAAUAGCAGAUCCUUUAAUGGAGGAAGUGAUUAGUGCAGAGAUAGUCGUGAAAAUGUUUGAAUUGGCAUUCCAGUGUGCUGCACCUACACGGGCUGAUAGGCCAGACAUGAAAGAAGUUGGGAAGAAACUCUGGGGAAUUAGGAUGGACUACCUUAGAAGUGUGAAUAAAGCAUGAUACACAAUUGGAAAUAGGAUGUUUGGUUGAUAGAACAGUCUUGAGUUUGCAGUUCAAACAAAGAUUAGUUCUCUUUGGUCUCUCAUACUCCAUUCUUUAUGUUAUUGGUAAUGUUCUAUGGUUUAACUCACCACUUAUGGAAAUGCAGCACCUAGUUCCUGGUGGCAUUCCAUCCCCAAUUGAUCUACAAGAUAUAUAGCUUCAUGUAUCCUGAUUGUUUGAUUACAUAAUUGGUCUAUUGACAAUUGUUACAUAGUCAAA